CUUUCCAGCCCCCACUCCCCUAAGGAACCCAGGAAUCCCGGUCCUCCUCCCAAAUCCCAGCUCACCCUCCCCUCCAGGGGAUGGAAGCUGAGAGAGCCCAGGAAGAAGAGGAUGGUGAGCAGGGGCCCCAUCAGGAUGAGCCUGGCUGGCCCUCUGUGAACCCUACUACUCGGCCUUGGCGAUCUGCUCCUCCAUCCCCUCCUCCAGGAACCCGCCAAACAGUCCUAGGACCCCGCUCGGCCUCCCUGCUCUCCCUACAGACUGAGCACCUCCUGGACCUGGUGGCAGAGGCCCAGUCCCUCCGCCUAGAGGAGCAGAGGGCCACCUUCCAUGUCCCCUUGAGCCCCCCAAGUCUAAUACAAGCCCCACCCCGGCCUCUUGAGGACAGAGAACAACUCUACAGUACUAUCCUCAGUCACCAGUGCCAGCGGAUGGAAGCCCAGCGCUCAGAACCACCCCUGCCCCCAGGCGGCCAGGAGCUCCUAGAGUUGCUGCUGAGAGUUCAGGGUGGGGGCCGAAUGGAGGAGCAAAGAUCCCAGCCCCCUACACAUACCUGCUGAGACAGGAGCCCCACCAGCCCUACACAAACCUGGGCACAAAGCUGGACAGCCCCACUGCCUGCUCCCCGCCUUGCUUGGCAGUGGCUGUCGGGCUGGAAGACCCAGCAGA